CAACUCCUAGCUUUUCGGUCUCUUUACCCCCGUUAGGCCCCACUGAAGCGCAGCAAGUUGUAUUCCCGUGCAGGGUACUUAAUCUUGCUCGCUUAUAAAAUCCUUGGCCGUGAGAUUCUUCGAGCUUUAUAAUCUUUUUGCGUGUCUGUUUUCAAAAUGAAGCACGUGUGUUUAUGCUUUAUAUCAUCAUCGUUUUAUGAGCAGUGUGGGUGUCUUGCAAUGCAAGGUGGGUUUGUAGCCCAAUGUUGCUGGGCAUUCCUUGAAGAUAAAAUAGGAAAGGGUAGAUGUAUACCUCGCUAGAAAACAGAAAAACAGCAAGUAGUUUUGUAUGAACUUUCCAAAGCAGCAUUAGACUUUAGUUGUUUUGCACAGUAAUUGGGUUUUCUCAGAAAUCAGUACUAGUUGGUUGAUGUAUCUGAAAUGCGUAUGCUUAUAUUUAAUUUUCAAAAUGAAUGGAUCUUUGUCUGAGUAAAUUUGGUAUUCUUUUGAGGGUUUGCUGCUUCAGUGAUGAAGGGUAGCACAAUAAAAUGGUUUGUCUAAGACUGAUAGUCCAUUUUGAGUGAUGCACAGUGAUUAAAACUUUCUAGUGCCCUUUUCUUGUUAAAUAUUCGUAUUCCUGUCUUAAGUCUGUGUAAUACAUGGUUUUACUAUUUUAAAAAUAGUUUUAGACUGAGUUUGUAAUUCCAAAGAGCUUUCAUUUUGAGUCAAGGAAAAACUCUACUGAAGUAGAGACUCUAUGUUUCAUCAAAGUAAUAGUAUUUAACCAAGAGUAUUUAAAAUAACCUGCUCAGAUGAGUGUCAUGUUGUCAGUCUCUAUAUUAGUCUCCUCAUCUCAUGUGUACUUGCUGUAUGACUCACUGGACAGUGUGUGCCUUUAAAGUUAUGAUGCAUCAUCCUGUGUGUCAUAAUGGCUGCCCGCAAUAAAGAAGAAUGUCUGUUUGGAAUCAUGGUAGAGCAAGCAGCUGAAAGAACAGCUUGGGGAGCUACCACCUUUUGCUUGAAGGAGAUUAUGAGGUGACAGAAGUUACCAUUCUUUAUCCACAUAAAUAACUGAUCUGUUGAUGUUCUGAUCGCUCCUCCCUUUUCACCUAGACUUUCUUCUUUUCCAGAUUACAAAAGAGCUAGAACUUAGUUGGUAAAAGUAAAAUUAAUAUAAGCAUUACUGCUGCAUAAUUAGGUAGUCAGUGCUCUGUAUGAAUGUAUUUUCAUUAGAGCAGCUGUUAGCAGUUUGCUGACUUAGGUUGUUAUCUUCAUAAUGACUUGAGAUUUUAAACCUUUGGGAAGAUGUAUUUGAUUUGUAUCCUGUUAUAGAGCAGUUUUGUGGAGACCUGAAUGACAACAUACCUCUGUGUACAGACUUUCUCAUGUGCGUUAAUGGAGACUUCAUAGCAGUAUAUGGUAACUCUAUCAGCUUUUGACCACCUCAAUAAUGAAAACAGAAGCUAAGGAUGGAGAAGAGGAAAGCCUACAGACAGCUUUCAAAAAGUUAAGAGUUGACACAGCUGGGUCUAUUGCUUCUCUUUCUGUGGGUGAAGGGACAAGCCCAAGAGCACUAGUUAGAACAGCUGCAGAGGAAACCAAGCCUAAGAAUGUGUGUACUUCUAAGGAAACCUGGCAUGGGUCUGUGAAGAAGCCUACGAGAGGAGCUGUGAGAACCCAGCGUCGCAGGCGUUCCAAGUCUCCAAUUCUUCAUCCUCCAAAGUUUAUCCAUUGCAGCACAAAAUCACAUUCUACGUGCAACCAGCUGGUACGCAAGAGCCAGAUCGACGCCCCAGAUGACAGCACUGGGUUUGGGAUGCCAGCCACAAAGGCAGCUUGUGCACGUGAACAAUGCCACAUAGCUCCUGACCUUAAUCGGAAGGGAGCUGAUGUUGAGUCUUUUGGAGCUUCUGUUACAGAGUUGGUGUCACAGAACAAAUCAGAAGAGUCUCCUGCUGCCAUUUCUCUGGUGUCCAAAACAAGUCUAAAGACUACGGAGCUUUCUGACUUUGAAUCUGUGUCUAAGCUAAACACAAAUAAGCCAUGUGCAUGUGCAGAUAAGGCCUGCGAGUGUAAACGAUGGCAAGAUAUGGAAGUGUACAAAUUCUCUGGUUUGCAGAACACCCUCCCAUUGGCACCUGAAAGAAGAACGGUUGCUGAGGACUGUUCCCAGCCUUUGCCAUCAAGAACUCCCUCAAGUUCUCCACGCUCUUGCUCUGAGCAAGCCAGGGCCUUUGUGGAUGAUGUGACUAUUGAAGAUCUUUCGGGCUACAUGGAAUAUUACUUGUAUAUUCCAAAGAAAAUGUCUCACAUGGCAGAAAUGAUGUACACCUGACAACAAUGAGCACUAAAAACACAGAAGGGGGUGUGAUUUAAAUCUGCCCUCGGUCCCGUUUGUGUGAGAUGGAACCCACUCUCUGCUCACUGUGCUUGCAAUAAAAACACUUCCUUUGCAUCUUAACAAAUGCUCAUUAUUGUAAGCAGGACAAACACUUUAGCUUAAGCGUUAUGGUUUAAGCUCUGAAGAGAUAAUGAAGUAAACAUCAUGAGUUUGGGUAGAGAGUAUUUCUUUAUACUUAAGCGGCCUAACAUCUGAGAAACUUUACUCUGUUUUCAAAAUAGUCCUGUUUUGGUUUGUUGAAAGAGGGGAGGAUCUAGAUCUCUUGGUGAUUAGAGCUCUUUAUGUGAGAAGCUAGUGUAAUUCAGCUCCUUUCAAAUCCCUGACCUCAGAUUGUAACACUCAUGCUUCCAUUUUUGGAUGCUUGUGCCUCUAAGUUUAUUUCCUAAAGGAGUGUGACCAUGUCCUUUCCCAUACUCCUUAGUAUUACUGCUGUAGGCGAAGUCAGGGGACUGAAUCUGUUUUUCUGGGGAAGAGGCAUCAUUAUUUCUUUGUGCCUGAAGAGAGGCAUUAUAUUUGGCUCAACAGGCACCUUCCUUCCCCCAUCUUCCAUGUUAAAGUAGUCAGAUGCUAUUAGGUAACAUGAAAUAUUUGCCUGCUAGGCUGCCCGAUCAGAAAGUAACUUGGAUGAUUAAAACAAGAUUAUUUCAAGAAAUUAGCCUGAUCUCUGCAGGCUUGUGAGGUUUUUUUCCUCCUCUGUAACUGGAAAACGUAAAACAAGCCUAACUUUUUAUUGUUUAACAGGCCCUAGAGACUUAUCUGCAGCAGCAGAAAUACCUUCAGUGGAAUUGCUUCUCGAGUUACCUAAAGGAAGAAUGAGAUGGAGAGACUCUGAAGCUUGGUGUAUUUUUUUUAAGAGGGCCAAAGACAGUAUUUGCCAGCUUUCGUGGAUCUCAUUCUUAGCUGUUCAAGUUCUUUCGCCCUGCUCUGAAAUACCAAGUAUUACUAUUCAAAUAUUAAUAGCGAAUAGUUGCCAGCUACAAAGUAGGGAAAUCCUGGGCAUUGUGCCCACCCCCAGCCUUUUUCUAAACCAUCAUCUUGGAUGCUUUGUCCAGGUCCAAAAUAUUGGUGGAACCUUGCCUUCUUUCGGAAGUUUUCUUGCAGCUUGCUUAUAAAAGACAAAGGUCUUUUAUACAUCCGUAUGUGUACAGCAAAGGAGCAUGCUUUCAAAUACUAUGAUUUGUUCAGGGAGAGAUGAACUGUGUUUUUGCCUUCACUGUUGGUUGUCCCCAAACUUUCCUCCCUUGUAAAGCUCUGGAGAACAAUUUGAGGCAGGCGCUUUCCAGCUAAGUUCUUUGGUGUUCCUCUGUUUUUUUGUCACCUCUGUUGCAGUACCUAAUGUCUGUCUGACUGGAAGUUUAUUUACAUGGGUGAAGUGGCCUUGCUAAUUUAGCUGUUAUUGACAGAAGUCCUAAAGUGUCAUCUACCUUUUGUAGGUUGGGUCCCAUGUCUCCCUUCCAUUUCCGUGCUCUCAAAUAGCUGUAUUUUUGUCACCUGUAUUUUGAAUUCAAGAUAAUUUUUAUGACUGGAUAUGACUGGGCUGCCAAAGCAUUGAAUGUUCUUACUCCUCAAAGAAAUAUUCUUUACUAUUCUCAAAUAUCUGCAAGUAGAAGCCACAGCACUGUUCUACGUAACGCUGCAGGUAUCAUUAUGGAGAUGAGAAUACCUGUCUGCCUGGCAUGGCUUUCUACCGUUUCUUUGAUCACUCUUCACAGACCGUGUGAAGUGCUCAAUGCUGCAUUCUGGAAAGUGGAUUGAAAUCCAGGAGAUGUAAUCUAAAAAGAACGGAGUGGAAAGGCGCGGACGGGGGUGGACUUCGGAGAGGAAGCAAGCACUGUCGGGCCACUAGAGGUCAGCCCCGGCCCAGCUGCCAGCCGGGCUGAGAUGCCGGCCGACUCCUCCCUGCUUCUUGAGCUCUGGAAGUAGCCUGUGAAUUUCUCUGCCAAAAUGAAGAAAUAAGACCAGAUCUCAGUGGUGCCUUAAUAUGCACGAAAUAAAUGUUUUCUCUAAAGUUUGAUUGUUUAGUCUAGACAGCUGUCAACUCAGGAUAUGGGCCUCUAAAUGCCAGCCUGUGCAUAACUUACUAGCAUUUAAACAAAGCGUUUCCUUGGUUCAAAUUGUCUAUGUAAUUAGGAAGAGCCGCUAAGUAAAUAAUUAAAUG